UAGCGGGAAUAAAGGCCGUAGCCUAUUUCUGACUGGCUUUUUAUAACGUGUGAUGCUGCCUUCAGCCCCAUUUGUCUCCAUGGCGGGUUAAAGAUUCAUCUUUUAGUUUGCCUGUUGCUCGUUUCUGUUUCAGCGUUGCGUCGUCGCCGUGUUUUUGCGCCGUAACAAUGACAGGUGUUGGAGGUAAAGAGCGCACGCGAUGACGCCUUUCUCCGGGAUCACUCGAUGCGAAAGGUGCAUUAGGGAGGUUUCCGUCUUUGUUUUCAUAUUGUUUAUUUAUUAGACAUUAGACGAUGAGAAAACGGUUCCCAGAGUCAGUAUGAGGAAAAAAGGUAUCUUCUGAAAAUAGUCUUUAUUGUUAGACAAUAAUUAAUCCUCGAGGGGAUGUUAAUUGGUUAACGGGUUUAAAGCCACGCACCGACUCGUUUAAUUUUGUGAUGUCCUAUUUUCGCUUGUCGUGAACGGCCCGUUGUCCUGCUUCAGUAGACUACAGACCGAUUAUAAAGCGGCGGAGAAGAUCUGUCUGGCUGAUAAAGAUGGUGUUUCGGAGUGAGGAGAUGUGUCUGGCGCAAUUGUUCCUGCAGUCCGGCUCUGAAUAUGACUGCAUUAGUGAGCUCGGGGAGCUGGGGCUGGUUGAGUUUCGAGAUCUCAACCCAAGUGUCAGCUCAUUUCAGCGGCGCUUCGUCAGCGAAAUCAAGAGAUGCGAGGAGAUGGAGAGGAUUCUGGGCUACCUUCUGAGGGAGAUUCAAAAGGCUAACAUCACCGUUCCAGAGGAGGACGAGAGCCCGCUUGCUCCUCCCCCCAGACAAGUCCUUGAGAUCAUGGAGCAGCUUCAGAGGCUGGAGAUGGAGCUCAGCGAGGUGGCCCGAAACAAAGAGAAGCUGCAGAGGAACCUCCUGGAGCUCACCGAGUACACGCACAUGCUGAAGAUCACACGGACCUUCAUACACAGCCGCUCCAGACAUGAGGCUCUUGGUCCCCAGUAUGAAGAAUUCCCCACAAUGGAGACCGACACGGUGACUGGAUGCACUGGUAUGCAAAGGCUCGGAGCCAAGCUGGGCUUUGUUUCCGGUCUCAUCCAGCGGGUGAAGGUGGAGGCCUUCGAGCGCAUGCUGUGGAGAGUGUGUAAGGGUUACACCAUCCUCAGCUACGCAGAAGUGGAUGAGAACCUCGCUGAUCUCGACACUGGUGAGAUCAGCAAAAGUGUUGUGUUUCUCAUCUCUUUCUGGGGAGACCAGAUCGGACAGAAAGUACAAAAAAUCUGCGAUUGUUACCACUGCCAUCUUUACCCUCACCCUGAGAAUGACGAGGAGCGGGCAGAUGUGCUGGACAGCUUAAGGACGCGCAUCCAAGACCUUAACAACGUGCUGCACCGCACUGAGGACUACCUGAGGCAGGUUCUGCAGAAGGCCUCGGAGUCGGCCUAUUCCUGGGUCGUGCAGGUGAAAAAGAUGAAGGCGAUCUACCACAUCCUGAACCUCUGCAGCUUUGACGUCACCAACAAGUGUCUGAUUGCUGAGGUGUGGUGUCCCGUCAGCGACCUGGCCAACCUGCGGGGCGCGCUAGAAGAGGGCGCGAGAAAAGGUGAUGCCACCGUACCGUCCUUUGUGAACCGCAUCCCGAGCACUGACACUCCACCCACCCUGUUAAGAACCAACAAGUUCACGUCUGGCUUUCAGAGCAUUGUGGAGGCGUAUGGGGUGGGGGACUAUCGCGAGGUAAGCCCAGCUCCUUACACCAUCAUCACAUUCCCCUUUCUGUUUGCUGUGAUGUUUGGCGACCUCGGGCACGGGAUGAUAAUGAGUCUCUUCGCCUUGUGGAUGGUGCUGACGGAAAAACAGCAGAAGAAGAAACGAUCCAGUAAUGAGAUAUGGGAGAUGUUCUUCAACGGACGUUACAUCAUCCUGAUGAUGGGGCUUUUCUCUAUCUACACUGGGCUGAUUUACAACGACUGUUUCUCCAAGUCUCUCAAUAUAUUUGGUUCUGCCUGGAGCGUCAAGGCCAUGUUUACAAAUCAGCAGUGGACAAAUAAAACCCUCCAAACAAACGCUUUGCUCACGUUAGACCCAAACAUCAGCGGCGUUUUCACCGGACCAUACCCCUUUGGCAUCGAUCCUAUAUGGAACUUGGCAGUGAACCGGCUGUCCUUCCUCAACUCCUACAAGAUGAAGAUGUCGGUUGUUAUGGGGGUCAUUCACAUGAGCUUCGGAGUGGUGCUGAGCGUCUUCAAUCACUUGCACUUCCGACAGAAAUUUAACGUCUAUCUGCUAUUUCUUCCUGAGCUGCUCUUCCUGCUCUGUCUCUUUGGCUACCUGGUCUUCAUGAUUGUCUACAAGUGGUUGGCGUUCGGUGCUCGAGACUCCAGCCAGGCUCCCAGCAUCCUCAUCCACUUUAUUAACAUGUUUGUCAUGCAGGGGAAGGAUAUCACGCCUCUCUACCCAGGACAGACUGGGCUGCAAAUCUUCUUAAUUGUGAUAGCUAUGAUGUCAGUUCCCGUGAUGCUGUUAGGAAAACCUCUUUACUUGUAUUGGCUGUACCGUGGAGGCAAAGGCCUGCGCAGACGCAGAGGUUAUGAGCGGGUGAGGCGUGUAAGUGAGGACGACAAUUCAACAACACCAUCCUAUGAAGAUGAUGAAGAGGAGGGACUUGAUGAAAUGCCAAGCAGAGAAGCUCUUCCCAAAGAGUUUGACUUUGGGGAUGUGCUCCUGUACCAGGCCAUUCACACCAUAGAGUACUGCCUGGGCUGCAUUUCCAACACUGCAUCAUACCUGCGUCUCUGGGCGCUCAGUUUGGCCCACGCCCAGCUGUCAGAGGUGUUGUGGGGCAUGGUGAUGCGCCUGGGUCUGAGGAUCACCACGAGAGUGGGGGUGGUGUUUUUAGUCCCUGUGUUCGGCCUCUUCGCCGUGCUCACCGUGUCCAUCCUACUGGUCAUGGAGGGUUUAUCAGCGUUCCUCCACGCUCUCCGACUUCACUGGGUGGAGUUUCAGAACAAAUUCUACCACGGGACCGGUGUAAAGUUUUUGCCCUUCGACUUCUCCCUCCUGCCCUCCGUUUUUGAACAAGAUGGCUUGCUUUAAAAAAAAAGAAAAUGGACUCUGAAGUACAGCAUAGAGUGAAAGCAGACUUUGUAAUUGGGAAG